GAAAGGGGUGUCUGAAGUUGAUAGACGUACGGUAGGGUUACUUUCAUUCAAAUUUCAAAGAUCAAAAACUAAGGGCAGAGGAGUUUUAGUGUGAGAAAUUAGGGGUUUGAGAUCGAUCAACUUUCGUUUUCUUUACAGCUUUCUGCAGGUUAAAAAAUGUCUCAAAAAGUUAAGGGAGCCGCGAUUGGUAUUGAUCUUGGAACGACAUACUCGUGUGCUGCUGUUUGGUUGGACAGAAAAAACCGAGUGGAGGUCAUUCCUAAUGAACAGGGAAACAAUAUCACCCCGUCUUGUGUAGCUUUCGAUGCUACAGAGUUAUUGGUAGGAGAGGGUGCAAAAAACCAGAUUGCAAGGAACCCUACCAACACUGUGUUUGAUGUUAAACGUUUGAUCGGGUGCAGAUACCAUGAUCCUCAAGUGCAGAAGGACAUGGAGUCGUGGCCUUUCAAGGUCGUUGAAGGGCCUGCUCUGAAGCCAACUGUUGUAGUGGAGUUGAAGGGUGAAGAAAAGAAAUAUGCACCUGAAGAGUUAUCUGCCCUGGUUCUCAAGAAGUUGAAAGAGUCUGCUGAAGCUUUUAUUGGAAGAGAGGUAACAGAUGCUGUGAUCACCGUUCCUGCUUAUUUUAACAACAAUCAAAGAGAAGCAACAAAGGAAGCAGGAACCCUUGCUGGCCUCAAUGUGAUGCAAUUGAUAAACGAGCCUACUGCAGCUGCAAUUGCUUACGGUUUGGACCAUAUGGCUGACCGAACAUGGCAUAAUGAUAAAAACGUUUUGGUCUUUGAUCUUGGUGGUGGUACCUUUGACGUGUCGCUUUUGAAAAUCAGUAAAACGGGAGUGAUUGAUGUGAAAGCGGUCGGGGGUGAUACUCAUUUAGGUGGUGAGGAUUUUGAUAGGACACUCGUUAACUACUGCAUAAAAGAGUUUGAGAAAAAACACCGAGUGAAUAUUAGUGGAAAUCCAAGAGCAAUGGGGAGGCUGAAAGUCGCUUGUGAGAAAGCAAAGAGGGAUUUGUCAUCGACUACUUUUACUCCAAUUGAAAUCGACUGCUUGUAUGGGGGGAUUGACUUUUCCAUUAAAAUCAGUCGAGCCAAAUUCGAGGAACUAAAUUCAAGUUACUUUGAGAAAUGCAUUGAACUGGUGGAGAAAUGUUUGUUUGAUGGGGAGAUGAAGAAGAAGGAUGUGGAUGAGGUGGUGGUUGUUGGGGGGUCCACUAGGAUUCCUAAAGUACAAAGAUUGGUGGAGGAGUUUUUCGAAGGGAAGACAGUUUGCAAGAACAUGAAUGGUGAUGAGGCUGUUGCAUUCGGUGCCGCAAUCUUGGCUGCAAAGUUAAGUGGAAACAAUGAUAAUGAUAAUGUGUUGUGGGACACUGUGUUGCAGGAUGUCACCCCUCUAUCGUUAGGUAUAGCAGCCAAGAUAAAUGGAGUAGAAGGUGUCAUGUCUGUAGUUAUUCCUAGGAACACAUCCAUACCCACAUGCAAGAAGGGAAUGUAUUGGUCAUACGACAACAAAACAGAAGUAUCGAUCAGGGUGUUUCAAGGUGAGAGCAACAACGCCGAGGACAACAUAUUACUUGGCAAGUUCGACUUUUGUGGCCUUACACCAGGUUCCAAUGGGAAGUCGUACAUAGAGGUUUGCUUCAAUAUAGAUGUUAAUGGGAUCCUUCAUGUGUCUGCACAGGAAUUAUCCACAGGCCAAUCAAAAUCAAUUACAAUUGCUAAGACCUGAAAUUAAGGGUUAUGAAAAUUAAAGGUUCCACUUACUUUUGGGGGUUUUGCUUUUGAUAUGAAAUGCCACAUCCAUAUGUAAAACUAAACAACUUAUUUUGUAUGUUCUAACUAUCAUGUGUUGAUCUGAAAUGUGUGCA